UAUUUAUUUAUUUAUACUAAGAAAUAAGUUAUUGUGUGACACAGUUUUCUAACAUUAGUUUCUUAGCAUAGGACAACAAAAAUCUGUGUUGACUCCCUCCCUUCCUCCUUUCACCAUAGCAUUAUUAAGAGAGAAACAAAAGAGAGAGAGAGAAAGAGGGUGUGUGUGAUCUUGCAAGUUCUGUUCCGGCAUCACCAACAAGGCAUGGCGAUUUCAGGGUCGGAGACUCAGAGUUCGUCCUCACUGAAAAUUGUGUCUCAGGUGGAAGUGGAGUGUGUGAAAUGCGACUCGUGCGGGUUCACGGAGGAAUGCACCCCUGCGUACAUCUCGAGGGUGCGCCAGAGGUACCAGGGUCGGUGGCUCUGUGGGCUGUGCGUGGAGGCUGUGAAACACGAGGUGGUGAGAUCAGAAAGUGUAAUCACCACCGAAGAAGCCCUGGACCGCCACAUCACUUUCUGCAGAGAGUUCCGAUCAUCCACCGUUCUCAACGAAACUGAGCACCCCAUCUUCGCCAUGGGACGCCUCCUCCGCCGGAGCCUCGAUUCUCCCAAGCCUCUCCGAUCGAACUCCACUGGAGCUCUCGGGGUUAAAGCCCUGCAAUUGAUUCGAUCGGAGAGUUGCUUCUCUUCAAUCUCCGGCUAAAAGGUUUUAGAAAUCUACAACAAAGGCUCUAACACUGGCCCUUUAUGUUUAGAUUGGUUCAGGGAUUUAUCCCAUUAUGACUUUAAUACUAGCUCCUUUUUUCUACGAUCUUUAAUGUAUAUACAGACUGAUUAUCAAAUUCAUAAAUUGAGUUCUUCUUAUCUGUUUCC